UUGGUAUUAAAUGUUUCUAGUUAGAUAUAAAAAUCGAAUUAGACUAACAUAUUUUUUAAUUUCAAUGUAAGGCUGACACGUAAGAUUAAUUAGUUAUCUAAUUGAUUGACACAAAAGCAAUAUAUAUUUUUUAAUUAUUACAAAAUUGAAAUUACAUCUUUUCAAAUGUUCCUCAAUUAAUAUAUAGGGGAUAUCUCUCCUUCAUAUCAUACAUUAUAUAUGGAGUCAGAUACAACAACCGAAUACACCAUUUUUCCCUCACACGUAAAUAUUCAAAACAAUCUCGUCCGUCCACUACGCACAGUACUUCACCGUCCGAUUCAUAAACCCCCUGAAAAAAAAAACUAUCCAAUUACAAAAAGCCACGUACGUCGAUAGAUAGUAGCAGCGUUCCCGCCAAAAUCAAACACUAAAAACCCCAAAUCGUCUCUUCUUCCAUAAAAUCGUCUCUCUCUCUCUCCACCGUUCGUCUCCCCCGAAACACAUGGACAACAGAGAUCUCGCCUCCGGCUCCUGUUCAGAAAUGCGGAAGAAACUAAAACUGGACGAUCAUGAGGAGGAGGAGGUGGAUUAUAGUCGUCCUUCGCCAGCAGAUCCGGAGAAGGAAGCUUUCAACGCCCUAGCGAGGUCGUUCAUUCGCAGCGGGGUCAACCCCAACACCAUCAAAACCCCUUCCUUCACAAAGCUCAUACGUCUCCUCAACCCUAAUUUCCGCCCCACUGUUUCCAUCCUCGAGAAAGAAGUUCUGGAGAUACACCAAGAAUGCAAAGAGAAAGCUAAAAGCUUUCUCAACAGUUUCCAAGGGAAGUUAACUCUCUCUUACGAAUGGAUUGUUCUUGGUCAUGGGUGGACUAGAGAUUCCCUUAAAGGCCCCGUCUUGCAGGAGGAUUUCGUCUGCAUCACUGCUCAUUUCGUUGAUGAUGAUUGGAAGGUCAGGAGGUGGAUCCUGGGGUAUGCUGGUGAGGUGGACGUGGUGGCUAUGGAUGAUCUUUAUGUUCACGGGUUUAGGAAGGCUGUUCAGGGGUUUGAGAUUGAGGGGAAGGUCUCUACUCUUUUACUUCCUAAUGAUGAAGGGUUUGAUGAAGAGACGUUGGGUGGUUUCAGGAGAGGGUUAGAAGAGAGGGGAGAUAGCUCGAUUGCGCCGCCGGUUUUUCUUGUCUAUUGCUGCGCUGAUCUUUUCAGGUUAAUGGUUCAUGAUGUGUUUAGGGAGUUAAGCGGGAAACUGCUGGAGGAUUUGCGUAUGAUUGUUGGAUGGGGGAAGUGUUCGUCUGAGAACUGGCACCUCUGGGUUUCUAAUCUGCAACGAGCUGUUGAUAUGAAGAACGAGGAUGAGUUCUCCAAGGAUGAGAUUUACGAUGAUUAUGACAAACCGUCUGAUGAAGAGUGGGUGAAGAUUGAGACUUUUAGCAGGCUCGUUGGUUGUAUGUAUAAAGUGGCGGUGGAGCUUUUCGAGGGAGGGUAUUCGACGUCUAAUGUGUACUUCUACCUUCUUGCUGAGCUGAAGGUGAUGUUGGAGAAGGAGCUUGAGGGGGCUGGUAGUGAUUACUUUCGCUGCAAUGCUAAGUGGAUGUUGAAGAGGUUUGAUAAGUAUUGGGAUCAUAUGUUUCUGGUUUUGGCUACUGCUUCUGUGUUGGAUCCUAGGUUCAAGAUGAAGUAUCUUGAGUUUUACUGCUCUAAGAAGAUUGACAAUGAUGAAGGCUCGAAAGCUGAAACUGUUUUGGGCUAUUUGCGUAGUCUGUAUGCUCGCUAUGCAGCUAGUGAUAUCUGUCAAAAACCAAUAUGCCCGGUUGCUAAAGUUGACUCCAAAGAAGAAGGUGAAAAUGAUGAUGGAGGAGGAGAAGAAGAAGAUCAUGAUGAAUUACAAGAUGGUGAAGAAGAUUACGAUGAUGAACAAGAAGGAGAAAAUGAAGAAGAUUCUGAUGAAGAACUAGGAGAAGGAGAAGAAGAUUGUGAGGAUGAUGAAGAAGAGGAAUAUGACGAGGAAGAAGAUGGAGAAGAAAAGUAUGAUUCUGAUUCAUCAGAAGAAGCAGAGAGGGAAGCAAGAAAGAACAGAGAAAAGAAGCCUGACGCCUGCAAAGAUUUUGCUUUCUUUCAAGAAUUUCUCAAGUUUGAAGGAUCAUCUCCAAGAGAGUGUGGUGAAUCAGAGCUUGAUGCCUACCUCAAAGAACCGGUUAUGGAGUGGAACAAAGACUUCAAAGCAGUGGACUGGUGGAGAGAAGAAGGUCACAAGUAUCCAGUUCUCUCUCGAGUAGCUCGAGACAUUCUCUCAAUCCCAAUCUCACGAGCCACGUCGUACCAUGCUUAUGGAAUGGACAGAAGAGAGCCUCCUGCGUUCGUCGUGUCCUUGGAAGCCGAAGUUGCCAACGCCAUGAUGUGCAGCAAAAAAUGGUUACGACUUUGACAGUCUGUCAGAAUUGGUAACAACAUUUCCUUUUUCUAGUUUGAACUUUUACCCUUUUGUGGUCUUCAUGAAACUCAAUAUCUAUGUUUUUCGUUUUAGUACUAUUCCAUCUACGCUUUCUACAGCUGUGCAAUGUUCUUUUCUGAA